GAUGUCCUUUGAUUCGCAACAUGGAUGCAAUGCAAAUAUAUUUACCGUUGAUCCCAAAAGUGAAGUUAGUGUCUUAAAAUAUGACUGUGGAGCAACUGCUGGAAGCUAUAAAGUUUACAAUAUAGGUCGUAUGGAAGUAUACGCCGAAUUAGAAUAUAUAUCUAAAAUUAUUUAUGAAGGCCUAGUAAAAUCAGGAGAAUGCAAGAUUUUUCGCAACGGAGAACAUAACGCCCUCAGGAUAAGAAUUUACAACGGAAAUAGUAUCAGAGGCAUUGUACAGUGUUCAAGAUUAUGUGAAGACUUAAAAAUGGCUCAUAACAAGGAACCAGGACUCCUUGAUAAAGAUCAUAAUGUGAAAUUGUGGUCUGUUUUAUCGGUAGGUGUUAAACAUAUACCGUACAUCCAAGAAAAAUUCAAAGGUUUGCUAGAGGCUUUUUGGCCUGCCAAUGAAUUAAACAUUUGGGAGAAAAUUUUGCAGAAGCUUCAGCCACUAGUUGGAAAAGAAACACUGGAAAAAAUAUCCACGAUUCUUAGUGUCCGCGUCAAAACUAUAGGAGAUAAAGUGAGAGCCCUUUCAGAAGAUUUGGAGAAGGGAAGACGACCUGUUAAGCUUUAUAAUGACGUCAUACACGAACUAUCAGGGUUUGAGAAGGAUCUAAUAGUCAGCGAUAAGAAAAAUAACAUGUUUCUCCUUCCUUUAUUUGCACAGACUGUUUUGAUGAAAACAAUGAUUUACGCGAUAGGAAUAACCGCGAAAGAGGAAAUGGAUUUGUCUGCUAACGACCUCACUCGGAUAAAACAUUAUUUUGACAACACAGUUAGAGGGGAAAGUGGUGCUUCGGAAUAUAUUAACAACAUGCUUGUAGAGCGGCUUGAAAAUGCUUACGACACUGCUUACCCUGAGGAAUUAUACGAUUCUAUGAUGAACGUUAGAAGUUACAUAGGCGUCCAUGGGAUGGAAUUGGUCAGGAUAUGGGACAGCAUAUACGGUAAUCCAUUCAUCGGUGACAAGAUCUAUAAUGAUGUUAUUUCUUAUUCUAACUUCUUCGGUAGACAGACUCCCAAUCUGAUCAAAGAGGCUACGUCCCUGAAAAUGUUUCCACCACUGACCCCCUUCUUUAUAGGUUUUACUCGAGUGUACUUGGUCUCGAUAGAUAUGUAUAUUUGGCGCAGAGCUUCUUCCUCCUCUCCAAAAAUAGGAGGGAUGAAACUCGAUUUCGGAAAUAACACCACUUAUACAAUGGGAACUGUAACCGGAGAAACUGAGAAAGUAGAUUUUAAAGAAGCUUACAUCACCAAGUUACAAGUAACUGGAAACGGUGCUGUUGAUUCUUGUAAAUUCUUCUUUAGCGAUGGGAGGCAGCUAACAUUUGGAACUAUUGAGAAAGAUUCCGAAGAGAAAACUUUUGAACUGAAGGGGCAUCUGAUUAUGUCACUAUUUUUGUGUAGUGAUAACUUCAGUACAGGUGGCCAAGCAGCUAAUAUUGCCGUGUCGUACCGUUUAAUUAGUGACCGGAGUAGAAGAAAAUAACUCGUUCGUUUAUAUUAAAGAUAUGUAAAAAAUAUGGAAGUACACAAAGUUUGUU